AAUUCCAGAUUUGAGAAAUUGCUCACUGUCAUUGGAAACGACUCCUUUUUGAUCUUCAAUGGCUACCUUACGUAAACGUACUGCAUCAGAUGUUGAUGGUGUGGUACCAACCAAACGGCCGACAUUUGAGGAGUCAAUGCCACUGGCACUAAGAGAACCAGCCCCAUAUAGCGAUGAAGAAGCUGCUAUUGCAGAAAGAAAUCGAGUUGACUACACAAAGAAGAUCACACUUGCAAUGGCUAGAGCUAAUACAGCUGGCCGGCCCGUGCGCAUCUAUGCUGAUGGCAUUUACGACUUGUUCCAUCAUGGGCAUGCAAAUCAACUAAGGCAAUGCAAAACAGCAUUUCCUAACGUCUACCUCAUAGUUGGAGUGUGUGGCGAUAAGAGCACCCACAAGUACAAAGGUCGCACAGUAACAUCGGAAGAAGAGCGAUACGAAGGGGUGCGACAUUGUCGUUAUGUGGACGAAGUCUAUCGUGAUGCCCCAUGGUUUUGUACGGUGGAGUUUUUGAAAGAAUUGAAGGUUGACUUCAUUGCUCAUGAUGCUAUACCGUAUGUAGCACCCGGAGAAGAAGAUUUAUAUGAGAAGUUCAGGAGAGAAGAAAUGUUCAUCGAGACUCAGCGUACGGAAGGUGUGUCAACAAGCGAUGUAGUAUGUCGGAUCAUCCGUGAUUACGACAAAUAUGUCCGCAGAAAUCUGAAACGAGGCUAUUCUGCCAAAGAACUGAACGUUGGCUUCCUAGCAGCCAGCAAGUAUCAAAUACAGAAUAAGGUCGACAGUCUGAAGGAGAAGGGUUUGGAGUUUAUCAACAACUGGAAAAGCCGAUCAGACGACUUUAUUCGAGAUUUCUUGGACACAUUCCAUCGGGAUGGACGAUUAAAUUACUUUGGCGGGCGACUCAAAGAGCUGGUAUCCAGAUCGAACUCACCCUCUCCAGAUCGGGAAGAUCAGGACGAAGGAGAUCUUGCGGCACCCCGUAUAACAAGGAGUUAUUCUUCGAAUGAUUCGUCUUCUCCACGACGAAGUCCAUGAGCUUUAUUCUUUCUUUUAUCCCUUCCUGUUUCUGGCUUCAAAAUUUCUAGUUUUUAAUCCUGCAAAAUUACUUAAAAAUGGGCUAAUGUCUGUACCGAGUGAUGUACAUCAACUGGAUACGUAGCCUUAUAGUCCAAGUUUGUACCGUUUAGAUAAUUUGUUGCACUUAUGGGGUGAUUCUGCUCUAAUCUUUGUUUUCUAGUAAUCGAGUUGUAGCCGUUUGUUUUGGGAUCUAAGAACAUCUCCACUUUCACCAUGACUUUACCCUUACCUGGAAAUCUUCUCAAAUAUCUAAGGUUCCUUGAAGAUGAUUCUCGUUUGACAGUGCCGCAUCUGCCUUUAAACCAAACUGCAUUUUUUUAAA